AUGUCCGGCAACAAACUCAUCGUCAUCCUAGGAAGUGGCCCAGGCAUAGGCGUUGCAACCGGCGCCCUCUUCGCUUCAAAGGGCUUUGAUGUCGCCUUGCUCUCUCGCAAUGCCCAACGCUUGGACCAAGACGUCGCCAGGGUCCGAAAAGCAAACCCCGGCGUCAAAGUGCAAGCAUAUCCCGUCGAUCUCGGCGAUCACAACGCCCUAGCAUUGGUUCUAGGGAAAGUAGAAACAGAAUUCGGGCCUCCUGAAGUGGUAUAUUACAACGCCGCCAGAGUCGCGCCCUCAAAGAUCGGGCAGACCGGUGCAUAUUUUGUGUUGGAGGACUUCAAGGUGUGUGGCACCGACGCCUGA